CGUCCUUCAUGGCUGUCAAUCGAGCUGUAUUUUGUCGGGUAAUAUUUCGUUCCUCCCUAUGUAGUUGUUAAGUGUUAUAGUGACGGUGGUGGAGAAAAUAAAUCCAUUCUCGAAGGUGAGGUGUAAAGUGGAUCAGUGCCAUGUUCACAGGGACUAUUCGCGUGAAAAUAUGCGAGGCCCAGUGGCUUAGGCCGACGGACUGCUCCAAGCGCCACACUUUUGGGAAGGCGGAGGAGCAGCCUCUGGACCCCUAUGUUACCAUCGACGUGGAUGACACCCAUGUCGCUCAAUCCACCACCAAGCAGAAGACCUUUAAUCCUGUUUGGAAUGAAUAUUUUGAGCACCAGGUAGAGAAUGCGAAGACACUCACUCUGACGGUAUUUCAUGACGCCGCUAUACCGCCAGACGAAUUCGUCGCGAACGUUAGCAUUCCUUUCGAGGAUCUUAUGAACAGAGAAAAAGAUGAAGCUGAUUUUUGGGUCAAUCUGGAACCCAAGGGUAGACUACAUAUAAGAAUAGAUCUGAAAUUAACAUCGAAUGAAUAUGGAGCGAAACCGAGAGAAUUUAAAGAGCGUCAGGGCUUCAAUAGAAGACGCGGUGCUAUGAGGAGGAGAGUCCAUCAAGUUAACGAUCAUAAAUUUAUGGCGACUUUUCUGCGCCAACCAACAUUUUGUUCACACUGCAGAGAUUUCAUUUGGGGUUUGGGCAAGCAAGGCUAUCAAUGUCAAGUUUGCGCGUGCGUGGUACACAAGAGGUGUCACCAUAUAGUCGUUACAAAAUGUCCUGGUAUGCAGGAUGAGUCAACUCAACACCAGAAUACUGGCUUUAAUGUUAACAUACCACAUCGAUUUGUAGUACACAACUACAAACGUUUUACAUUUUGUGAUCAUUGUGGAUCACUGUUAUAUGGACUGAUAAGGCAGGGGCUGCAGUGUGAGGUCUGUUCACUAAAUAUACAUAAACGUUGCCAGAAAAAUGUUGCGAAUAACUGUGGCAUCAAUACCAAGCAGAUGGCCGAAAUUCUUACUGCAAUAGGUGUAUCACCUGACAAACAGACUCCGAGAAGAAGUAAGUUGUUAUCUGGUUCUGGUGGAAAUGGAGGACAGGCUGAGGGGUCUUCUGAGAAUUCAAAUGCCGGAGCAGAUAGUACAGGAGAGGAUCUAUCAAAAAUGGUAGAAGAAAAACUGCAAAAUAAUGGUGGAGAUGGGGCCAUUAGCAGAAACACUAUCGGACUGAAUGAUUUCAAUUUCAUAAAAGUUCUCGGCAAGGGAAGUUUUGGUAAAGUCAUGCUAGCCGAGAAAAAGAACACUGAUGAAGUGUAUGCCGUCAAAGUUCUGAAGAAGGAUGUCAUCAUUCAGGAUGAUGACGUAGACUGCACCAUGACAGAGAAACGCAUUUUAGCACUAGCUGCCAACCACCCAUUCUUAACUGCUCUACAUUCUUGCUUUCAGACUAGGGACAGAUUGUAUUUCGUGAUGGAAUACGUGAACGGUGGCGACUUGAUGUUCCAAAUACAACGUGCCAAGAAAUUUGACGAACCACGAGCUAGAUUCUAUGCGGCGGAAGUUACAUUAGCUUUGCAAUUCCUGCACCGGCACGGAGUUAUUUAUAGGGAUCUUAAAUUAGACAACAUAUUGUUAGAUGCCGAGGGCCAUUGCAAACUCGCCGAUUUUGGUAUGUGCAAGGAGGGGAUCCUGGAUGGUAUCACUACGUCUACAUUUUGUGGCACACCGGAUUACAUUGCACCCGAAAUUUUGCAGGAAUUGGAAUACGGUGCAAGCGUGGAUUGGUGGGCCCUAGGUGUGCUAAUGUAUGAAAUGAUGGCAGGUCAGCCUCCCUUCGAGGCAGACAAUGAGGAGGAUUUAUUUGAAUCUAUACUGCACGAUGAUGUAUUAUAUCCCGUGUGGUUAAGUAAAGAUGCCGUUAGCAUAUUAAAAGGCUUUAUGACGAAAAAUCCUAGUAGGCGGUUAGGAUGUGUGGCUGCCCAUGGAACGGAAGCUGCCAUUCAGUUGCAUCCCUUUUUUAAAGAGAUGGAUUGGGCGGCUUUGGAGCAACGUCGAGUCAAGCCACCUUUUAGGCCUAGAAUUAAAAGCAGAAAGGAUGUAGCUAAUUUCGAUGCUGAAUUUACCAGAGAGGAGCCAGUAUUAACACCUGUAAGUAAUGAAGUGCUGCAAUCAAUCAACCAAGACGAGUUCCGAGGUUUCACAAUUAUCAAUAGAGACUACAAUCCAUCAAGAUUCAUAGCCGAAUAAAACAAUUGCCCCUGGAAUAUCCUCAUGAAGAACUUCGAAGUUUUAAAAAUUAACAGAAUCAGUUUGCAGUUUAUCUUAUUUCUAAGUUCAAAUUGACUCGGGUAAGCACAAGCUUGAAGCUUUAAUUUUUGUAAAAAAAAAGAAACGUCAUUACUCAAGAAUAAUGUUAUAUAUUAUAUACAGAGUUUAUUUAUAUUAGGUGUAAUUCUGCGAGAGAUGAUUUAUUUUACAGAAGCAUUUCUCAGUUACUUAUUUAUCAAUAAGUAGCUCAAAUAACGGGAUUCAUUACCACAAUUAUUGUUGUUUGUAUACUUAAAAAAUUGAAACGGUACGAGUAAAUUAAAAAUUUUAAUCAUUAUUUGAACUUUGUACGUUUUGUUGAGGGCUGGAUUUUUUUGAAUUACACGGUAUACUUGAGUAUUUAAGAAUUUUCCAUCGUUACUAAAGAUGUUACCGUUCAUUUGCUUCAAUUUGUAAUAUAUUGUUUGGUACCAGUUUUGAUGGAAUUUAUAGAAUAUUUGAAAUUAUGAAGACGUUACAGUUUGUAGCAUCUUAUUUUAUACUUUAUUAUUUUCAAUCUUGCCAAUUUCCAAAUAAAAACGUAGCAUUUAUUGUUCAUUUCCACGUUAACUUAUCUGCCAAAAUCAUAACGUAUGAUUCAUAACUAUCUUAAUUAUUUCCUCAAAACAUAAUAGUUUAAAUAAUAUUUUAGGCAGACCAUUUGGCAAAGUUCUAGGUAGUUUUAGCCAGCCCAGCAGUAAUUUCGGAUAUGUUGUAUAUUUUAAUUCUUUAACAGAACGUAGCCGGUUCCGUGAUUGCCAUUUGCACAUUUUAAAUGAAUGUUAACGUAGAUUAAACCUAAACGCUUUAGGUAUUUAAGAUUAUAGAUAAAGGCACAUGUGGAACUUGGCAUAUUUUAGGUUACUGUGAUUUCUCCAAAUAUAGAUAAAAAGUAGUUUAAUGAAAUCACCCGUUACUCUAGUCAUGAAGGCCUAUGUAUAUAUUGAAGAAGUGGUUGCAGGUCACUUAUAAUUAAUUAAUUUUAUAUUUUUAAGAUGUACACACGAGUCCUACGAUCAGAUCGUUUGAAAUGUUUUAGCAAGGACGCGGUAAUUGAAGGAUUUCGAAUUGUCCUUUUGCAUAUGUUUUCCAUACAAAUUUAUUUAAAUUUUUUUCCAAAAUUCUCUUUUUCAUGUGUAUGUCUUUUCUAUUGAACAUUAAGUAAAACGUUACUUAUUCAGAGAUAUAUCUACAUUGUACAAAAUAUUUAGUUAUUUUCUUUUAAAAUAUUUUUAUCAUUUAAAGCAAUUCUUUCAAUAAGCUGUUUAUCAAAAAAUAUACAGAGCGUUACAAAAGAGUAUGUCACACUGUUAACCACAAAUUCUUUGGACGAAAAUAUGACUCGUAACAUUUUUUAUUUAGGCGCCUCCAGAUCCAAGGGGUGAUAAAGUUCAAAUUUAAAAAAUAAUUUUUAUUAAUUCAUUGUCCUUUAAGAUAUUAAAUCAACAUUUUGCGUAGAUUUGUAUCUGGUAACAGCACUUGUUUUGUAUAAUUUUGAAUAAGAAAAUUGAGGCAUGAACAGAGGAAAUAGGGUAGUUGUCUUUGACGUCUUGUGAUAAAAAUUUUGAUAAUGAAGUAUAGGAUCCAUACCAUUUUUAAGGGAUGAUUUCUGGGCUUAUAUUUCUGUGAUGAAAACAAUUUGAACGAAAUUUAUGGAAUAAAAAAUUAAUAUAAGAGUGUACAUGUAUUUGCAACAUUUUUUUUUAUAAUCUGAUACAAUAAUUUUUUUUUAUUUUAAAAAGUGACAUUUUCCAGUACUUACAGGUUAUAAUUCAAUUUCUAUAAUUUUUUGUUGAGAAAUUUUUAUUUAGCCUGGUUUUCUAGAUCCUGCAACUUCGUUCGAUACAUGAUUGGUAAUAUUUUUGUGUAGAUUAUAUACCUCAAGUUCAAUAUUCAUAAAAAAAAUUUAUUUAUUUUUAUUUAUUGAUUUUGAUUAAACGGACUCUUAAUUUACUUAAUCUAAUUUAAAAUCGAGAUUUUUAAUUAGCUAUAUUCUAAUAAUUAAAAAUAAAAAAUUAAAAUAUCUACCAUCUCCACGAAUGAACACUUAGGUGCUGCUAAUGAAAGUGGGUCAGAUAAGAAGAUUUAUAACAUUUAUCGUCACAAUUAUCAAACCGAAACCUCAUACUUUGUGCUAAAGACAGAUAAACGAAAAAGUAUUCCAAAAAUCUUAAAUCACAGGACUAAUUUGACUGACUCAUAAACCAAUGGUGAAAAAAUACAAAGAAAACAUGUUCUAAAACAAUACAUAGGCUGCUGGAAAAGUUUCUGCAAACGAUAAGUAAAAACACAUGUAGAUUUUUAAAAAUAACUUUAUUGUUUUUCAAAGUAUUCGCCUUUGAGAUUAAUACACUGUUGCAUACGCUCGAACCAAUUGGUGAAGCAAGCUUUCCACUCUGCGACUGUAAGUUCUGAAACUAGUGUUCGGAAGGCGUCAACAGCUGAUUAAGGCGACAUAAAUCGCUCACCACCCAUCGUCCGUUUGAUAUACGGGAAUGAGAAGAAGUCAUUUGGUGCCAAAUCUGGUGAAUAAGGACAAUUCGUCAUGACUUCGACGUUUUGAUUAGACAAAAACUCAACGAUUCGAUGUGCUGAGUGGGAGCUGGCGUUGUCAUGAUGAAGAAUAAUGCUCCGAUUUCGGUUUGUUCUAGGAACUUCAUUGAUGACUUCUGGCAAACAAAUUGUUUUAUACCAAUCCGCAGUUACAGUCCUUCGGUCCUCUAAAACCACGGAUGCGACAUGUCAGGUAUAACCAAAGAAGCAGGCAAUCAUUUUCUUGGCAACACUGCGUGAACGAACGACUUUUAUUGGUUUCAUCUCAUUUUGAAACACCCAAACGGUGGAUUGUUGUUUGCUUUGGGGCUCGUACGAAUAAAUCCAAGUUUCAUCGACAGUAACGAUAUUGUAGAUCAGAUUUGACCGGCCUCGGUUGAAUUUCUUGAGCAUUCUGUGCAACACGAGUCUCUUUUUGAGCGUUGGUCAAAUUGUGUGGGAUCCAACGACUGCACAGUUUUCGUAUGUUCAAGUGAUCAUGCAAAUUCACGUGUAUUGCUUUCAUGUCAAUGCCCAAGGAUGCCUGAAUUUCGCGGUAUGUCACAUGCCGAUUCCGCUCAGUCAUUCCACACACCGCAUCAACAUUAGUGGCAACAACAGACGUGGAUGGACGACCUUCACGAAAUUCGUCACUAAGAUAGGUGCGUCCACAAUGGAAUUCGCCAAACCAAUUAUACACUGUCCUAUUUGAUGGUGCUUCAUCCCCAAAAGCCAAAUACAGUCGAUUGAUGCAUUGUUUCGGAGUAAGAUUACAUCUGUAAUCUUAGUAAAUCAUUGCCCGAAAAUUUUCAUGUGAAAGUUCCAUUUCUACACUGAAUAGUUUCUUUUAAAACACUGUGCACAGAAAACUACUUCACUGGGUACAAACUGUCAACUGAUUUUUAGGUCAGAAACGUUAAAUUUUUCAAAUAUCACACUGACAGAAUGUUGGUGCCACUGGACUUGGUGGAUUGCAGAAACUUUUCCAGCAGCCACGUACAUUUGAACCAUAAGCUUGCGUAAAAAAAGUCGCUUGACUGUUAGUACUUCAAUUUCCUUUUUUUCGAUUUGUGCUUUGAUUUUCCAGUAUUCCAGUCCAUGCAAAUGUUCAACUAAAUAUCUUAGAACACGAUGGUUUUGACUUUUUUAAAUUACGAAUAAUCAAUUAAUUAACUUUUUAAUUAUAAUUUUUAAACUCAAUAUCAAGAUAACAUAACAUAAAUGAAAAACGGUGUAAGAGAGUUCCCAUUAUUUUUGUCUGAGGAAUCUGGGGAUAACGGCUUGAUGUACUUAUUUAUAACUGUCUAAUGGUGUAAGAAAUCUGAUGAACGGACAUUGUAACAAAUAUGAAAAAAUUUAACUUUAGAAACAUGUAAGAGUUUCCAUCCUGUUUAUUAGUAGAACAUGUCUCUGUAUAAGCCUACAAUAUGUUGCUUUCUAGUUACACUAUUGUGAUAUUGUGGGAAAUUACAAUUAAUGACGAGAUAAAUUAAAUUUAUUAGGGAAGUGUGCAUUACUUCAUUAAAAAUAAAGCUUAUGUAGGUUGUUUACAGUUACCAAAGAUUUUAUUUAUUCAUUUUUAAUGUGUGUAUUGUACGUUUAUUUAUAAUAUAUAGUUUAUGUAAUAAUUUAUAGGUGUUUUUGAAGAAGUCCUUAGAUUUUUGUUUUUUUUUUACUUCUUUAAAUGCAUUGUUCAUAUUGAGCGAAUGUUACUGUUACGUGUGCGGCACAUUAAAAAGUAUGAAUAUUUUUUGGAUGUAAAGGUAUUUAUGAGGUGCGCAUGUUUUUUGUGUUUUAACUUUUAAAGAUCUGCCAUAUUGAGAGCUAUUUAGUAAAAAAAACAUUCAGAUACAUUUCAGAGAAAUGUAUAUAUUGUUGAAAAUAAUUAUGUAAUGUUUUAGAUAUUUAUUAAUGUCAGCUUAGAGUAGUAAGUAAAAGGAAAUUAACCCGCUAUAAUUAGUAAAUGUUUAGAUCUCUAUAUCACAGGUCUGUGUUAGCACUAAGCUGUUAAAAAUCCGGAAGAUUAUCAGAGAUACGGUUUAAACCAUCACCCGAGCAUAUAGUUUUUAAAUAGGCUUUAGUUUAAUUAAAGCUUACAUUAAACUCACUUAUAUAGUAUAGUAGAACGUGAGUAGAACUGUAAUAUAUAUACAGGGUUAGUUUUAUCUGUUCUUCAGCCUUGCGUCAUGGGAUAAGAUUAAAUUUUGUUGUUAUUCGCUUUGAAAAUAUUUUUUUCAAUUCAGUUACAUGUUUUAUCUUGAAGGGAUGUAAAAACUUGGUACUACAGAUGCAGAUUUUACACAUUAUACACACUAGUCAGUUUUCAAUAAAACGUGAUCAAUUUGUAUGUUUCCUAAAUUAGUCGUACAUUUUCCAAUAAUUUAUUAAAUAAUUAUCGUAUUAGUGUUAAAUGUGUUAUUUCUAUAACUCCUUAUUUUGAUAAAUUUCUCUUUCUAAAUUUGAUUUACUUUUUUUUUUUGUCAUGUUAGAUAACCCAAUAAAUUUAUUUUCUAUAAACAAUACAUACAAGGUUUUGCUCUACUAGUCAUUCACAUUUAAGUCCACAUAUUUCUACUAUACUAUAUAUUAUUUCUGGUUGAGUUAGUCCAGAAAUAUGAUAUUUCGUUACAUCUGCUUUCAAACAGUGUUGUGCCAAACCAUAUCCCAUUUCAGCUGGCUGUUUUGCACCUACGUUUCUUAACCUCACUCGAUGACUUAGCAUUGUUAUAUUGUUUAUAUCAUAUUUGUAGUAGCAAUGUGUUGUAUAUGGUGUACCUAUUUCUCUGAUGGUGUACUAAAAUAUAAAUAAUAAAUAUUUAAUGUAU